GGCAAGGCAGGGUAGCCAAGGAGGUGGAGUUCCGGCGGCAAAUUGGCAGGUUCCCAAUUCUGUCUGGUGCAAGCAGGGGAGCCGAGGAGGGGCACUCAGGUGAGCCAAGAAACUGUUGAAGUUUAUUUCUUCCUGAGAGGAUUCGUUCUGAGAGGAGGAGCGUGGUGGGGGCACGAGGCGCGGAGUCACCACACGGACCCCAGAGUCAGGCUCAGACAAUGAUGAAGACGAUGGCGAUGAAGAUGACGACGGUGAUGAAGGCUCUCCUCCUCGCCCUCGCGUUGGCCGUGGCCUGCGCUGACCCCGCCCAGAUCUCGGGGCCCUGGUGCACCUUCGCCAUCGCCGCCGACAACCUGGACCAGGUCCAGGAGGGGGGGCCGCACCGCAUGCUGCUCCGCCAUGUUGAGUGCCAGGAGGACUGCAACACCCUGAACGUCUUUUUCUAUGUCAGGAAGAACAGGGUCUGCACUCCACACACGGUCAUGGCCCGGAAGAACGCAGAUGACGUCUACACCGCUGACUUCGAGGGCCAGAACUACUUCCAGCUCGUGGGGCGGGACCCCGACAGCCUCAUCGUCAUCAACAAUAACGUGAGGCCCGACGGCACCACCACCCACGUCAGCUUCCUUUUUGUCGGCGCCGACUCUUGCCACAGUCAGAUUGAAGGUCAUAAACGACGAGCGGCUGGAGGACUACGCGAGGCUCAUGGAGCAGCACAGGAUCCCGCGGGAGAACAUCCUGCGCAUGGCCGACACGGACACCUGCCCACCCUUAGGACGCCUGCCUUGGAGAAGGUUCCGGAACAUUCUAGAACAUUCCAGAACCGCCCCGCCCUUCAGAUGAUUUCUGCCCCUGCUCGCCUCAGCGUCUCCUCCCACCUGAGAAUGUGCUAGUAUGCUCCGGAAUGUUCCAGAAUGUUCUGAAAUGUUCCGGGAUGGUCUGGAUUGUUCCAGAAUGUUCUAGAAUGCUUCAGAACGUUCCACAGUUGUUCAUCUCUGGCUCCCUCUGCUUCCUGCUGUUGAAAUAUACU